AUGGAUGCUCUUUUCGGCAAAGCUUUAUUAAACAAUGGAACAGAAACACAGUAUGAACAUGAUGGUGGUGUAAUUGCUACGAUCUUUAUUGCAUUACUUUCUUUCAUUUUUACUUGUAUUAUUAAUGGUCUUGCUUCAAGUGGACCUAAUAAAUUAUUCAGAAAAUCUACCGCACGGGUUAGUGAUGAAAAUCCAACGGAAUUUACUCCAGCUGGACCAACAUUUUCUUUAUGGGGUCUAAUAUAUACUUGGCAGUUAGCUUUUCUUAUAUAUGCAAUUGUCAAUAUAUGGCGAAAAACAGAUGAUGGUUAUCUAUAUAUUCAUCCGUAUACUUUACAUAUCGCUAUUUUUAUUCUUUUUAUCGCAAACAUGCUUCUGAAUUCUUUUUGGUUAAUUCUUUGGGAUAGACUUAAAUUUACUUUUUCAACAAUUGUUAUUUAUAUGAUGUUAGCAACAAUUGUUGGUGCUACUGUAUUUGAUCAUGUUCUUCUUUGGCAUACUAGAUGGGAUUUCAUUCGAUUAAAUAUAUCGGGUGAUAUUUGGAUAAUGCGAUUCAUUGUAUUGAAUGGUCAUGCACUUUAUUCAGCUUGGUUACUUGUUGCGGCAUCACUUAAUCUUGCUAUUUCUUUAAAAACAAAAUUAUCAUUGAGUAAUGAAGGUUUAGCAACUACAUUAUCUUUAAUUGUAUUAACUAUUGGUAUUAUUAUUUAUUGGAUUUUGGAAAAUUUCGUAUUUCCUUCACAAAUGGCUUAUACAUGGUCACCAUGGUUAGUUUGGUUUAUUGCAUUAGCUGGAAUUCUGGGUAAAAAUUGGAAAUUACUUCGAGAAAAAAGCUUUAAUCAAUUAUUGGUAUAUACAAAACAAGAAAUACCUACUGGUUCACAUCCUGCUGGAUUAUAA